AUGAGCACCGGCUGGACCUAUCGAGUCCACAACGUGCGAGCAUUUUCACGGCCGGAAAUGGAAAACGCGGAGAGCCGAAGGCAAAAGCGGAGCUUUGGUAAGGAGAGAUGGAGCGAUACGACAGAGAGGAUUCGGGAGAGGCGAUUGGCAAUGGGCUGCCAAGAUGUGUCUUCUCUGAUAUUUGAGGCUUCCGCGCGCUGGCAAGGACUCCUGACCGGUAGGAACGGAAAAUUGCGCGCGCAGAAGCAGCAAGAAGCCUCACUACUGCAGAGCCCAUGCAACUGCGUACAGCGGACAACAUUCCUGCGGGCAACGGCUGAGGUCGCUAACAAAGGAUCCAUGGCUAAAGAGGUCGCGAGCUCUGAGAUUUGUAACCCAACGCUUUGGUUCAUGCAGGUGUCGUCUGAGACGAGGCAUGUACUGGCUCAAGUCUGGUUGAGACGGAAGUUCGACGUUGCUCGACGGAUGGUCGAUGUUUCACCGCGUCGGCCAACAGGAGGGUUCCUGAUGGAGCGUGCGGCGAAGCCCCGAGAUAGCAUUUGCCAAGCGGCGAUCCAGGGGCAUUGCUUGCAUGAGUGCAUGAGGAUGGCUGAGUUCGUAUUUGGCUCCAGAGUAAAGAAAUGUUUUCUUUGCAAGCGCCGCGAUUUUAUCCGCCGUCUCUGGUUUGUCCAGCCACAGCGGAUUGCGCUCCGUUACAUGGUUGCACUGGCACUUCGACAGCAGCGGGCAUUCAUCGACGCUGAGCACGGUGCGUUCAGGUCCGUCGACUUUGGGUAG